AUGGUUGAUAUGCUGAACGAGAAUGGAAUUCCAAUUGCGAGCAGUCUCAAAGGUAUUGAGCAGGCCAUAAAAACUCAAAAGGAAAUAGAAACACAGGACCCAUCAGAACAGAUAGCAAAAGCAGUCCUGGAAAAAUUUCAAACCCAAAUCCUACCAGGUCUUGUGGCAAACAUGAUUGCUGGACGAAAUCCGUUCAAAAUACCCCAACAAAUGCGAUCACCUCAAGCUCAACCGUCGGAAAUCCGAAGAAUGGCAUUGGAAUCACAACAAAAUGCCAUGCCAACAGGGGAGCAGCGGUUUACCCCUAUGAUAUCCCGAAAUUCCCCAUCCGAAUCGAUCUACGACGCGUACAUUGAAGAGACUCCUAGAAGAAGUCUGCUAAAGCAACUUCGAAGCAGCCCCCGUCUCAGGACACUCCUGCAGGUAUAG